AUGGCCCGCACCAGGUCAGCCCGUCGAUCAGUCACGAAGAAGUCACCACUUGUCAAGUCCGUCCCAGGUUCCGUUCACGCUCGAUCAUCCAAGGCCUCUGCAAACGUACCCAAGGUCUUCACCUACAGACCGGUACGAAAACCAGAUUACUUUCGCUACUUCGUCUUGGAGCCUGGGACCAAGAGAUCUUUACUCCGAGGUCGCCUCGUGACCUGCAAGAUUGCCACGGCUCCGCCUUACGAUGCCAUCUCAUAUGCCUGGGGUAGCUCCGUGAGAUCCCACAAGCUCAUCUGUAAUGGUUGUCUGGUUCCUAUUACUUCAAGCCUCAACAAAGUUCUACGCCAGGUCCGAUAUCGAGACGAGUCUCAUGUUGUCUGGGUUGAUCAACUCUGUAUCAACCAGGAAGAUGAAGCGGAGAAAGGACACCAAGUAGGCCUCAUGGCUGAGGUCUAUCGCGGUGCUCGAAAGGUCUUGAUGUGUCUUGGAGGCUCCAAGGCACAGGGCAUCCGCCUCACAUCCCUGAUCAGCGAGAUUCGGGACGUCUACGAAGAGGAUGUGAGGAAUCGAGGCGAAUCUGUCAUAUUAAGCUCGUGCAAGACUUGCUUGCCGGAGGGCUUUAUGUCCGAUCCACGAUUCGAAGAUCUCGCUAUCAUCAUGCGGCAUGGCUAUUGGCGCAGAUUAUGGGCGAUUCAAGAGAUAGGGCUUGCACGCUGCCCGAAAGUUUGCGUCGGCAGUAGUCAUAUCGAUUGGCAUAUUUUUCUCGAAUCCAUCCAAUAUCUGAUGACACAUAAACGUUCCUGGCUUCUUACGCGGGGAUUCUCUCUGUCUAUCUCUCACAUGUACACUCUCGAGGGCUGGGGAUCGGUUGACAAGCGCCAUCUCUUGAUCGACAUACCCACUAACAGCCUCGACUUGCUUAAAGUGGUCUCGUCGUGCCGUUGGCUCGACGUCUCGGAUGAGCGCGACAGGAUCUACGCGCUGUUAGGACAUCCAGUUGCUACAUUACCUUCAGGCGAGCCUAUUAUUUUACCCGACUACACAAUCAAUGCGCGAGACUGUCUCAGACGCUUUACGACACAGUACAUACAAAAAACAGGUGAUCUGACCAUUUUGGCCAUGACUGAAUGGCAGGAUAACAUGCCGGAGAGCGGCAGUGCUUCGUGGGUUCCUUCUUGGAACGGACCUCGAGUCGUGCCCCUCGCGUGGUGGGGCACUUACGACGCUUCUAGAGAUCUGCCUAGGCAGCCCGUACUCUCUGGAGAUGUACUCCACGUCAAAGGCGUUGCGGUAGAUGUGAUCUCGGAUUCGUGGGACAUACUGGCUAAAAAAGCUAGGGAUCGCCGGUCCUUCAGGAUCGAUACGGUGAAAGAUCCUGCGAUAGAGGUCUGGAAAAUGCUACAGCGCAGAGGUAAAGUCUAUACUGACGGACGAUCCCGGCUUGCGACGUUCUUGUGUAGUCUUCUAAGAGUCGAGCGUCCUGGUCCUCCAUAUAUCAUAGGGCUUAUUCACUGUGUGGUGAGGAUUGUGACCUUGCUCCUCGACAGUAUGAUGCAGCAAGCUGCGAGAGAGAUGCCACCGGUAGACCAUCGUGUUUGGUCUGAAUUUACUGGCACCCUUGACACGAUCUGCUGGUACAGGAGGUUUAUCUGCACACCAACCUCUGGGAUUAUGGGUCUGGUGCCUGAGGCCGCCAGAGCCGGCGACGUGUGCACCAUCAUAGCAGGCUGUCGCACCCCGAUCGUUCUUCGCAGAGAGAACAGAGGCUACAGAGUCGUUGGAGAGGCCUUCCUCUACGGUUUCAUGAACGGUCAAGUUAGUGAGUGGCUCAAGGACGGCAGAGCGCAGCUCGAGGAGAUGGCGCUCUACUGA